GUACGUGAAUAAUAUUCCAAGGUUACAAUAACCAAGAACAACACUUGACUACACCGCGCCGGCAACGGGCUAUUUCGAUUCGAUGUCAAGAAAUCUCUCCUAUAUUUUUUGUUUAUCUUUCUAUGUAUUCCGCUCUUUUCCUUGUAUAAUCAUUGAAGCCCUUUUUUAAGAAUAGUUCUUCCAUUACUUCCAUAUGCCUGCAUUAGUUAGGUUACUCAAUGCUGUAGUGUUAUUGAUAAUAAGUCGGAGCGAUCUUAUCGUGAAUUCGUGAUCGUUUCUGAUAAAAGCUGAAUAGGUGUACAGAUACACGUCGCGACUCGGCGUGUGGAUCAAAUAAACCUUAUCCGCAUUACACAAUGCGAUUUCCUACAGCGGGAAAACGAGUGCUGUUGAUAUGAAAUAUUGCAGAAGCGAAAGCGUGUUUACGUAGCGUAAAAAUCAUCGAGUGCCGGCAUCCCGGCGAUUCAAAUUUAGUGUUCGUGCAUGUUUUAAGUGACUGGUACACGGCGAGGGUUGAUCGUCAUGCUGUCCUGGAUACAGCACCGAUGGACCGGCCUCUGCCUCCUCGUAACGGGCCUUGGAGCCCUCAUGCUCUUCCUCUAUGGAUUUUUCCCGCUGAAAUACCAUUCCGGGAAAAUGUCCCAUAUGGAUGAUCUACCAAACUUUAUUGAUGGUGUCAGUAUUGACGGCCAGCAAGUGUACAAUUCUGGGGAGAAUACUGUGGUUCUCAUGGUUAUAGAUGGCCUUCGAUAUGACUUUGUAACUGAAGAAUAUAUGCCAUACACGGGACAACUACUUAAAAAUAAGUCUGGCUGCAUAUAUGUGUCUGUGGCUGAACCUCCUACUGUCACUAUGCCCAGGAUCAAGGCCAUGAUGACAGGCAGUGUAUCGACAUUCGCGGACGUAGCUCUCAACUUCGGAGCGCCGGCCGUCCGCGGGGACAGCGUGUUGCGCGUCGCCAACGCUAGAGGGCGUCGUACUGUCAUGUAUGGGGAUGAUACGUGGUUGAGACUGUUCCCGGGGCUGUGGGCUGAGUUUGAUGGAACUACGUCGUUUUUUGUCACUGAUUAUACUGAGGUAGAUAAUAACGUUACGAGACAUCUAGACAAGAUAUUGACACCGGACGAACAAAAGAAACCAACGUUUGACUUCCUAGUAUUACAUUACCUCGGGUUGGACCAUAUUGGACAUUUGGAGGGAGCUCGGAGCCCUAAGAUCAAACCGAAGCUCUUGGAAAUGGAUGAGGUCGUGAAGAAAAUAUUUACCGCUAUGCAGAAGUGGGACCGUAAUGGCGUACUAAUAGUGUGUGGUGACCACGGCAUGCGCGACGCGGGCGGACACGGCGGCGCCACGCCCAGUGAGGUGCUCGUGCCGCUCGUGUUGGCCAGGAGUGAUGAUUUCGUGUGUCCUCAUCCCCUAGGCCGCGGCCCCACAGUGGCUCAAGUAGACGUGGCACCUUCAGUAUCAUGGCUGCUGGGCUGCCCCUUCCCGGGCGACAGCGGCGGCCGCCUGCUGCCCGCACUGCUGCCGCAAGACACGCGACAACACCUGUAUCUACUGCACGUGCAGGCGCAGCAUAAUGCUAAGCAGGCACUGCCUACUGACACCGAAUUCUACAAGCAGUUCCAACGUGCUGAGAAGCAAUUCGCUCACUACCUGGCCACCGGACAGCAGAGCGCCGCCAAGAUAGCUCGGGAGUUCUACGAAGACUCGCUAGAGAAGAUGUCGGAGUUCCUAACAGAUACAAAGACUGAGUUCGAUAUGUUUGCUAUUGGGAUGGCUAUUGUUGUGCUUUAUUUGAUCGCCACAUCACUCCUUUUCGUGACUCUAUACUCAUUCCAACCCGACGCCCGUCGCAAGACCAGUAUGACCUCCCACUCCCACCACAGAUCCAACGCCGGCUACAUCAUCGCCUUCUUCGUUAUAUUCUCCAUAACGAGUGCCAUACUGACCACCGCGUGUUUCAUCACCGAAACCAAAAGCCAAGUCUGCCAUUUCACGUCCCCUUGGAUACUAGUUUUAACCGCUAUAGCCUGCGUUUUCACCACCACAUAUUUUAUCAUUAAAACUGGUAUAGAACGCAUCAAAGAUUUAUCUACUUUAACAGAAUUAAACAGUACAGAUUAUCUCUUAAUUGGUGCAACCAUAUUCCAUUGCUGGUCGUUCCUAGGUACGAGUUUCAUUGAAGAAGAACAUAUGACUUGGUACUACUUUUGGAAUACGUUAAUGUUCUUCGUUCUUGUUAGAACUGUGGUGGUUUUGUUAAUGUAUUUGAGUAAAAAGUGGACGGGAGCUACGGAGGUGCAAGAGAAACCGGAAUUGGCGCAAAGAAUGAGUGCGGUUGGAGUCGGGAUAUUACCUAAAUGGGUGAUGCUUAUUGCUUUACAUAGGUAUCUAAGAACAAUGAAUCAAACUGGAGAUCGGUGGCUAUUCUUACCAGACACCGCGGAUUGGCUGAACGCACCUGAAAAUGCCUUUUAUCUUCAAGCUCAUUUAGUAAUAGGAACAAUAGCGACUUUAGCAAUAUGUCUAUACAAUCUCCGCUACGUAAACAACGUGGUUUACAUACAAACAGGAUUGACAAUAGCAGCCGUAGUCUGCAUACUAUGCUACCGAAUCACUUCCAAAGCCCUAGAAACACCAAUCGAUGAAAUCAAAACCUGGGACGCAGUACAAAUAGUCAGCAUAUUCUGGGCUAUAUUAAUAGCUCAGUUUAUACUAGAAAUUCUAUCAUACAUAGGAGCUUUAAAGUCCUGUGGUCUAAAACCUGUGGAAAGAAACGCAACAAGCGCCAACAAAUUCGUUUACAAUAAGCCUAAGGCGAAAACAGAAGACUACUUCUAUGAAACUCUGAUAGAAGAACCGUGGAACAUCGAUGAAGUGAAAUUAAAUUUAGUGCGAUCAAUUUCUCAUUUAAUGUUGAAUGAUUUAAUGUUAAUAGUAGUGUUGUUAAUGAGGCCUCACAAUGUGAUAAUGGUGCCUAGUAUUUAUAUAACGUGUGUGCUAACAUCUGAGUGUAUGGACCAUAAAUUGUUGGACUCUAAGUCCGGCAAAAAGACUGAAGUGGUUGAUAUACUUAGUAGGACUCUAGUGCAUAUGUGGAUUGGUAUCCUGUUCUUCUUUUAUCAGGGCAACUCCAACAGCUUGUCGUCAGUAGACCUGGGGUCGGGCUACGUGGGGCUGCGCGAGUACUGCCCGGUGCGCGUGGCGCUGCGCAUGGGGCUGCACGCGUACGCGGGGCCCGCCAUCGCCGGCGCCGCGCUCUUCUGUACUGUGGCCGCGCAUAGUGAUACGUGGCAACAGUACUUACAAACAACAUGGCGAGCAACAAACAUCCUCGCAUUACACCGAGUGUAUUCCGUAGUAAUAUACUGUGUAAUAGCAACCAUCUUCAGAGACCAUCUGUUCGUAUGGAGCGUGUUUUCUCCAAAACUGCUGUACGAUUUCGUAGCAACAGUGUUCAGUGUCCAAGCGUUAGCUACCAUUGCGCAAAUAGAAGCUCUAGCGCAUAUAACGAACUGGCUAGCCCGAAUGUUCACUUACAAGUCAAGACUGUGAUAUACAAAUUGUAUAGUUACCUGAGGUAUAUUGUGUUUUAAAUGAUAUAGUGAAUUGUGAGACUAUGCCAUGAAUGUAUUGUGAUCAUCAUGUGUUUAGCAACGUCCAUUUAAAGUUUAACUUUAUUUAUGGCUUGUUCCAGCACUUUUGGAUAUGUUUAACGCGACUUGCGUUAAAGUAAUCUAUGUAUUUUACAAUAAUUUGUUAUAUAAUUCCUACCAGAAGUGGCGAAACGAACUCUUUUGGCCUUACUAUACAAAAACUUUAACAACUGUUCUACACUUGUCUAAAAAAAUGUGUCUCCAAAAUGAACCUUAUGUCAACGUCAUAAUUUGACAUUUUUUUAGACAAGUCUUAAACUGACGUUAAAAAGUUUUUGUGGUAAGACGGUUUAUAUUUAUUUUUAUAGUUAUCUAAUGGGUUGUAAGAGGCUUAGUGAAACGUACAAGCGCUCUCUUAUAAACACGUGUUUCAUUAUUAUGAAUAAUUAUGUAUUUUGUACUUAUACUGAUUGUAAACUAACGCAGCAAUAAAACUAAAUCUAUAGUUAACACAUAAGACCCUGAAAAGGUAUUUAAUAUUUUUUUGACAUUCCUAGAACAAAAUUAAUAUAGUAACUGUUGUUGUUAUGAAUUAUAAACAUACUUACAUAGUUUAUAGGAUUCGAUAAUAAAACAAAUGAUCUUAACAUAUUUUUUUAUUAGUGAAAGUGUAUACUGGAACCACCAUUUUUUUAAGUUUUUUUAUUCAUAUUGAUAUCCUAUAGGAGUCGUAGCGACUCCUUACCAAACCAAUGCCUUAAAUAAAUCUAAUUUUACAUUA